GUAAUUGUCGACAACUGCCUGCGAAUCGUUCUGUGGCUCCGUUGGAAUUUAUUAUUCAAUUUAAAUUGCAUCUAUUUAUUGCAUUUCAUAGAUGCGGAUCGGCUGCCUCAGUGAUAACCUCACUGAUUGAUUAAAAAUGACGAGUCCUACUGGAAAGUUUGGAUCUUUGCUGUUACUAUUCGCUUUGAUCCUGCUCAUUUCCGUUAUUUCUGGUAACGACGAAAUCGCCUUCUUUCAAAAGAUCUCAACAACUACAACCAGGCCAACAACAACGACAACAGCGACAACAACUACAACAAAGCAGCCUGUGACUCAAGAAAAGAAGUGCGGCCUAUUUAAUGAUAAAAUCUGUGUUAAGCGCACUGAGUGUGCGGAAACUGUCCGGAACGUUCGAAAGGUAAUCAUCGAUUUAGGAGAGCCGCCUAAAAGCAUAUGCCACUAUCUGGAGACCUGUUGUCUUCCCAAAGAUAAGCUGAAAGUUAGCAUCAAUCGCGAACAUACGGCUGGCAGUAAUCAGUGCGGGGUAACAAAUGUGGAUGGCUUGUACAUGACUGUAAAGGGAGGAAGCCUGGUGACUAGCUUCGGAGAGUACCCAUGGGUAGUAGCUAUAUUCGAUGUUGGCGCACAGUUUGUCUGCACAGGCACUUUGAUUGCCUAUAACGUGGUCCUGACAACGGCGAGCUGCGUGGCUGCCGAACAACAGCUGAUCGCGAGGGCUGGGGAAUGGGAUCUGAUGACCGAGAAUGAGCCUGUUGCCCAUGUAAACAUCAGCGUCAAAAAAUCAAUAGUUCACGAGAAAUUCAAUUGGGAGUCAAUGGAAUACAACAUUGCCUUGUUGAUCCUAGAGAGCGCUUUUGAUCACCUGCAAUACAUUACACCCAUUUGUUUGCUCGGCAUUGACACUGAAGUCUUCUAUGAGAAGUGUUUCAUCACUGGAUGGAGGUCUACCAGGCCUUUGAACCAGCCUAGCCGGAAUAUAGUCGUCAAGGUUGAAAUCGCCAUUGACAGUGGGUCUUGCUCACUCAAUUCGAUCUCGACGGAAAUAUGUGCCACUGCCAAUACCAAUCUGCCCAUCUAUGCCAAAGGAGCACCGCUCAUUUGUCCAACCGACAGCAGUAUUUACCAUAUAAUUGGCGCCUGGAGUACAAGAACGAAUGGUGCAAUUCAAUUCAGCGAUGUCAGGCAAUUUGGUCCGUGGAUUCGCGAGAAAUUAGAGCCUGACGGCAUUUUCAUUUAGCAGCUUCGAUAUGGGAAUGCGUCAUCAAGCACGGGCACAUAAGAAUAACCUGUUUAAAGCAAGCAUUGAAGUACGAACGCCAUCGAAGAGUUGAAUGGUACGCAACAUUUAGAAUAAUAUCAGGGAUAUUCCACCACAUCAUGGCUACCAUUCAAUGGGUCUUUCGUUUGGCAGCUUUAAAUCAUGGUAAUUACAUUAAGCGGAAUAUUCUGCUCUCUGCACUUAUUUUCCCGUUCCAGGCAACAUCACAACCGCAUGUGGCGAAAUUAACGCCAACGAAGCGCAUUACGGUGCGGCAUCCUGGACUCCUCCCAACCCGCUCACAGCCUUACGGAUGCCGGAAUGUGCGACUGACUCCUUACACAAUCGCCCCCCGCAGAUAGGCACCCGCCGAGGCAUUUCAAUUUUUUACUCCCCUUCACCCGCUGCCGACGCACACACAAAUGUUUAUACAUUAGGAACAUUUGUGCGAAUGCCUCCGCGUCGUUGCUCGGCGCUCGACAUCGUCACAGGUGCUGAUUAUAUUGAAAAUUAUUA